ACGCGCGCAUGGCCGAGUGGUGCAAGCACAACGAGAAGAUGUGGCGCGGCCUGCUGGCGCCCAUCAAGGCGGACACGUGGCGCGAGUGCGCCGAGCCGGACAACCUCGUGGACUGGCACGAGGCCGACAAGACGCCCCCGCGGAUCAUGCACUACACCCUGCCGCUGCCCGACUGCCUCGACUAGCGCCUUGCGCAUUUCAGUGUUGUGGAUGAUCUUUCUUUGAUAACAUCAAGGCAAUUUUCUUUAGUUGUGCUGCCUACAUUCUGUUGUCAUACAUUCAAAUCUUACUAUUUCAUAGUUUUAUUUCUAUUUUAAUCAAUUUGUGCUUUCUCGUUUUGUAAAUGGAAUUCACGCGAACCAGAAGCUCUAAACGCGAUUUUGUUGCAAGCAUUGCAAGCCUAUAUGCUUCAUUCGUUUUUCCCGCCUUUUGAGACAAAUUUGUAUUACUGUAACCAGAGUUCGCGCGUGUCAAACUGCUCUGCUUAUGACUAUUAUGAUGGGUAUAUUAUUGAAUGUCCACUUGUUACCGCGUGUGUGUGUUUGAGAGAUCGCUAGCCGGCCGGGCUGUGUUGGGUGAUGUGGGUGCGGUAGUGUUAUGUGAAGAUAACCCGAACGUAAACACAAUGAGUGCUUAAAGCGGAGGGAUGGCCUUAACAGACUCUGGAAUUGAUGUUAAACAAGUGGCGAUGAACGUUUCACAAUUACAGAAGUUAAUUUGCAAUUGCAGCUUAUGUCAUUUAUUAUGGGCUCAUGGAAAAUACUUCAAAGACGGACAUAUGACAUAUUAUCCCAUAAAUAUUCAUUCGUUUUUGUGUUACUGGCUUUCCUGAUUUUGACUGUAUCUGUAAUACAGUUUGGUGAGGUAUGGAUUGAAUGGAAUCAGACAGAAACUGUAUAUAGUUCAUUUAGUGACAAUGUUGUAGGCAAGUCCCUUCAGAAGAAAUUAUGUCAAACUGUUCCUAUAGAUGUUGUGUAUACAUGGGUAAAUGGAUCUGAUCCACUUCUUCUGCAACAAAUGCAAGAACAUCGAAAUUUCAUGAUGAAAAAAUCAGUCAAAUGUCAGUUUACGAAUUGUAUGCCUUCUCACUAUGCAGCUUACAGAGGAUGGAUGAAGUAUCUUGGCCAUCGACAUAUUGUUAAAAAAAUUCAAGUAAGUGAUAGUAAUAACAAGAAAGGACCUCAAAAUUGGACAUUAGUUGAAUUUUCAUCACCCCAAGCAGCUGAGAGUGCUGCACAUUCAUCAGUGGAUUUAGGAAGUCAUAAUAUGUCAUUAAGUCAAGCAUAUUGGACAUCGGAUCAGUCGGCACCCAACAGUUACUUAUUACACAAUGCUGUGAUCUGCACAGGCUUAGCCUCAACUACAUUGUCCAAGAUUAAAAGAAUGACAACGCAGGAAUUAUCUUUAAAUAUUCAUGUUAAUAUUAGAAGAGUGUGGUUAAAUUUUGAAGUAAAUCUGAUGAGUUUAGAACUUCCAUCAGUUGCUACAACUAAAGAAAUCCUUAAGAUGGAUAAUGUAACUGUUUUGGGUCAAAAAGUGAAUAUUAGCAAAGCAUAUCUUAUUCUUGAGCUUCCUCCACCGUGGGACUUGAAGGAUUUGGCUCCAUCCCGCUUCGAAGACAAGGAGGAACUGCGCUACUCUCUGAGGUCAUUGGAAACGCAUGCUCCAUGGGUACGACACAUUUAUUUGGUAACUAAUGGUCAGAUCCCCUAUUGGUUAAAUUUAGAUAAUCCAAGGCUAACUCUUCUUACCCAUGAAGAAAUAUUUCCCAACCAUUCUCACUUACCUACAUUCAGUAGCCCUGCUAUUGAAAGCCACAUUCAUCGGAUACCAGGUUUAUCCCAACAAUUCCUGUACCUCAAUGAUGAUGUGUUCUUUGGACAAGAAGUGUGGCCUGAUGAUUUCAUCACUCAUACUGGUGGACAGAAGGUUUAUCUUUCAUGGCCAGUACCGGAUUGUACUGAGUCUUGUCCAUGGUCUUGGAUAGGUGAUGGUUCCUGUGAUAUUUCCUGCAAUAUAUCGGAUUGUUCUUUUGAUGGAGGGGACUGUAGCCCUUCUAAUGAAAUUGUACUUCCAAAUGAAGAUGUCUAUGAUGAACAUCAUUCUGAUGUCAUUGAUUCUCCAUUAAAUGAGCAUCAUUUUGUUGAUGACAGUCAUCUCUUAGACUUUAGGGAAUUGACUGGCUUUCAUAAUGGUGAGGAAGUGGACCCUCUUCUGACCAGCACCAAAACAGAGGCAAUGAGGGUGCGGAGAAAGCUGAACUUCUCUUUAGGUGACAAACAACCCAAUGAUCAGACAGAACCAACAAUGACUGGUUAUUAUCAUGAAAUUACUGCUACUUCUACUUCUCUUCAAAAGGACAUGUUUUCAGCGAUUAAUAAUUCAAUGCAUCUUGUUUCCAAAAAUGAGACUGAACAUGUGGAGAACAGCGUUACUUCUCUUUUUCUCAAAAAAUUAUAUCACACUUCAGAUCUUCACAGCAUGCACUUGAUAUCCAAAAAUAAUGAUAGUUACAGGCAAAUAUUGAUAGCCAAAAACUAUUCAAGAAAUCUUCACAACGCAGAUCAUACUAAUGCAUUGCAUGGUAGAGAUUCUAAUUCUCUAAAACGAAAGUGGAGAAGUAUCCAUAACCCUUACAAUUCCAAAGGUGUGGCGUCCUGGGCAAACAAGCGAUCCAAAGAUACAUUUGCUGAAUCAUUGCUGUUUGUAAAUCGAUUGUACAAUAAUGAAUUUGGAUUCGAAGUUAGAAAAGUACCUGCACACAUGCCACAUCUCAUAGACAAGAAUGUAAUGGAGAUCCUUCAAGCCAGUACAUGGUCUGAUCGUGAAAUCCGCACAUUGUUGACUCAACUGAAUGAUUUGCCAUUGAGUUAUCAGAAAGUGGUGCAAUUUGAAGAUCAGAUUUGUAAUUGUUCUCUGCAUUCACCUCAAGAAAUUCCUAUAUCUACCCCUCCUUAUGAAAGAUACCAAGAUUCAAAAUUGCCAGUUGUCAGCAAAAUGUUGAUUAGCAAUUGUGAGCCAAUAAAACUGUCUUUGCUCGAAAAAUUUGGGUCUCACAAGAAAUAUCAAACAGAGGUGGUGAAAGAGAAAAACCAAGCAGUUACGUUCAAAAUGCUGAGUUCCAAUCUCAGCCAACUUAUUGUUAUGCUUGAUGAAGUUCGACGUGAUCCAAAUGCUGUACAUUUCAAAGAAGGCGGCCAAGAAAAAUUUAUCAGGAUGUAUAAAAACUAAGAUUGCUUAUUAUGUAAGAGUAUUGUGCCAUUAAGAAGAGUUUAAGGUCCUCCAUUUGGUUGGAGAGAUUGCCUUGUGUUCCUCUGCCAAGUAAAACUAUAAUUGUUUUAUUAACAUCCAUGUACAAGUUUGUACAGAUGCUAGCACAUUCUAGUCCUAAUUUAUUCAUGCUGCUAAAAUGCCAAGUUUUUUAAGUGUUCUAACUGUGCAACUUUCUGUUGUAAUUAAUUUUAAAGUUACAAAUAAAAAUAUAAUCAACGAUAAACAUUUUUUAGAAUAAUUUGUUUACAUUUUGUUGGUUUUAUUCUGUCUGUAGAGAUGUUUCAGUUUCGUCAUUCAGCAAACCAUGUGGAAUCAAUCUUUUUGGUUAGGGGUUGUCCAUAAAUUACAUAACACUAAAGAGAGGGGAGGGGGUCUGAGGCAGUAAUUACGCUGCAU